UGUUAACAAAUAUCCGCAUUCCAUUGCAAGAGUUGGUGUAGAGGCGCCGCCGCUCUCGAGAAGGGUACUUUUGAGAAUGUGAUAAUGGGUGUGAUGCUCCUUAAUUGGUGGUGCUUCGGCAUUCUCCACCCUCUCACUCGCGGCAAUAGCAGCGGCGACAGUAGCCGGUUGGCAUCGCCAGAGCCUCUUUUCUGGUCUCAACAGAUUCCCGCGUUCGACUCCCCCGUCCGCCGAUCCCUCGGAUCAGCCAAGGUUAAUCCACGGGUCCUGUUGAUCUCUGCACGUCAGUCUCAUUGUCCAUCUCCCCCUGAUUACAACAGCACAAUCUUGAAGUCGCUGAGGAACAAGUCCGAUUACUCUCGACGACACGCGAUGGACACGUGGUUCUCUCUGGAGCUGCUUGAAGUCGCCGUUGAUCUUUCCAAUCCCCACAGCUCGGCGCGCAACAAGGUCCUCCUCCUCCUCCACAUCAUGCGCGAUCAGCCUAGCUACGAUUGGUACAUCUGGAUGAACACUGACGUGUUGAUUAUGGACUUGAGCUUCCGCAUUCCUUGGGAGGAGUACCGAGGGUAUAGCCUAGUGACCUGGGGAGAUGCACCUAGUCUCGAUUCCGAGCCGGAUUUCAGCCGCUCCCUCAACACAGGCGUCAUCCUGUUUAGGAAUGAUUUUCAUUCUCGAGAUUUUUUCGACUCGAUGGUGCAGCUGUGGGACAGCUAUACUACCAAUCAGACGGAUCUGCAUUCGAAGAUGAAGGGGGUAAUAGCGGGUAUGCCUGAUUUCGUGUGCGAUCAGGGAACAGCCCUCUACCUCCUAGUGACGCAGAAAGAGCGGUGGAUUCCCCACGUGUACGUGGAGGAGAGAUAUCUCAUCAACCAGGACUGGCAUCCAUCCCUCGACGAUUUGGACAAUUUUCUAGAGCCUGGUACGCGGAGAGGAGAUGGGACCACUCCCCCUUUCAUGGUGCGGUUCCGUGAUUGCUUCGCAUCAUGCCUCAAGAACUCGACGCGGAAAGUCACUGUCACUAUGGACUUCAAAGCGUGCCAGAAGAGGCAUGAGAGAGCGUUCAUCUUCGCCGAGAAUCAGGUCUUCGUCUCGUCUGUGAUCCGGACUUUAGCUUCCAUAAGAGUCGACGAGUUGUCGUCAUCUCGAGUGGGGAAGAAGAAGAAGAAGAAGAAGAAGAAGAAGAAGAAGAAGAAGAAGGAGAAGAAGCAGCAGCAGCAGCAGAAGAAGAAGAAGAAUGUAGAAGGAGGAGGAGGAGGAGGAGGAGGAGGAGGAGUAAGGGGGAAGAAGAAGAAGAAGUAGAAGAAGAAGAAGAAGAAGCUCCAUCGCUCGAUCAUCUGCGAGAUGUGGUGUAUGUGUGCCUCCCUAGGAGGCUAGGAGUUAGAAUGCCAACUUAUCGACGGCUUUUUUAGGUAAACAGCUUUUUUUUCCUCUUGUUCUCUCAGAUCCAGAGCAUUUUAGGUAACGCUGUGGUGAUGAAAUUGUAAUUUAAAUUUCUUUUCUUUUUUAGCCGGCUUACAGACACAAAGUUUUAUUACCGUCAAAUGUGAAGAACUGUUAGCGAGACCUACUUGAGGCUCAGACGCAGGCAGCGGGCAGCGUCGAGGUCCCGCUCCACCGGAUUA